AUGGUCCGUUACGCUGCCACUCCUGCUAACCCAGCCAAGUCUGCUUCUGCCCGUGGUUCUUACUUGAGAGUUUCCUUCAAAAACACCAGAGAAACCGCCCAAGCCAUCAAUGGUUGGAAAUUAGAAAAAGCUCAAAAAUACUUGGAUCAAGUUUUGGACCACCAAAGAGCUAUUCCAUUCAGAAGAUACGCUUCUUCUAUUGGUAGAACCGCUCAAGGUAAAGAAUUCGGUGUCACCAAAGCUAGAUGGCCAGCUAAAUCUGUUAACUUUGUUAAAGAUUUAUUAAGAAAUGCCCAAGCUAACGCUGAAGCUAAAGGUUUAGAUUCUUCUAAAUUAGUUAUUUCUCACAUUCAAGUUAACCAUGCUCCAAAACAAAGAAGAAGAACUUACAGAGCUCACGGUAGAAUUAACGCUUACCAAUCCACUCCAUCUCACAUUGAAUUAACUUUGACUGAAGAAGAUGAAGUUGUUGAAAAAGCCGUUGAAGAAAAACAAGUUAGAUUAAACUCAAGACAAAGAGGUAGAUUAGCUUCUCAAAGACGUUUGACUGCUGCUUAA